CCCGGGACCCGCGGGCGCCCCGCAGGCGCCUCCGCCGGCAGCGGGAGGGCGGCGAAGCCCCCCAGGGGAGCCGGGCUCGCUCGGGCUCGGCGUCUUUUCGGCUCUGAGGAGGUCCCCGCACAACCAGCAAGAUUUUGUCCAAAAGCAGGCAAGAGGAUCGCCCUGCGCUGAGCCGGCUGGUGGGCAGCAGGCGGCGGCUGAUCGCGGCCGGCGCGCUGGGGGUGGUGAUGGUGCUGCUGCUGGUCGUCCUCAUCCCCGUGCUGGUGAGCUCGGCCGGCACCUCGGCGCACUACGAGAUGCUGGGCACCUGCCGCAUGGUCUGCGACCCCUACGGCGGCACCAAGGCGCCCAGCACGGCGGCCACGCCCGACCGCGGCCUCAUGCAGUCCCUGCCCACCUUCAUCCAGGGCCCCAAGGGGGAGGCCGGCCGGCCGGGGAAAGCCGGGCCCCGCGGCCCCCCGGGGGAACCGGGGCCGCCCGGGCCGGUGGGGCCGCCGGGCGAGAAGGGCGAGCCGGGCCGGCAGGGGCUGCCCGGCCCCCCCGGGGCGCCGGGGCUGAACGCGGCGGGGGCCAUCAGCGCCGCCACCUACAGCACCGUGCCCAAGAUCGCCUUCUACGCCGGCCUGAAGCGGCAGCACGAGGGCUACGAGGUGCUCAAGUUCGACGACGUGGUCACCAACCUGGGCAACCACUACGACCCCACCACCGGCAAGUUCACCUGCUCCAUCCCCGGCAUCUACUUCUUCACCUACCAUGUGCUCAUGCGGGGCGGCGACGGCACCAGCAUGUGGGCAGACCUCUGCAAGAACAACCAGGUUCGAGCUAGUGCGAUUGCUCAGGAUGCUGAUCAGAAUUAUGACUAUGCCAGUAACAGCGUGGUUCUUCACUUGGAGCCAGGAGAUGAAGUUUACAUUAAGUUAGACGGAGGAAAAGCACACGGAGGAAACAACAACAAAUACAGCACAUUUUCUGGAUUUAUUAUUUAUGCCGACUGAUAACGAGUAAAAAGACCCAACAAACCAGUCCAAAAACGAAGCUCGCUCUUCUAAGCAAUGGAUUUGCGUGGCAAAAGUCAAUGAAACAAGCACCCCAGCAGAGAUCGACCACAGAACACCUCACUAGUGGGGAAAAAAGUCGAAUGCUACCUGAUGCACAUCUGUACAACACAGAGAAACCUUAUGUUAAAAAAAUACUAAGCGAGUUAAACAGAUGUGUGAUCCACUACCGCCAAAGCAAAUACUUCCUCAUUGUUAGUGUCCAUGUGAAUGAAGUCCUACACAGGUCAAAUUUUUAUAGGAGA